AUGGCGUCAGUCACAAGCUGCGUGAGCCGGCCUCGUCCGUCAAGCCCUGUCACCUCCACCCGUCGUCAUUCCCAUCGCGUUUUCAACACAGCCAGUCAGAAUCAUCAAGGGAGCUUCCAGCCUCUCCCGCGACCGCAAUGGCCCCUCCAGCAGCGGAAGCCGUUAGGUACUUCCCCGAGACAAUCGUCGCCAUGCCGGCCGUCGUCGCCGUGCCGACCAGGGCCUUCUUUCCAGAGCAACGGCGCUGCCAGCAGUACUUCUCGGAGAGCAUUCACGGGAAGCGGAAGGCUAGAAGGCUCAGCAACCAUCGAGAGAGAGUUUUCUGAGGAAGAUCCGGCUACGGAAGGUCCUGCUCUGCGCGCACCUCCCUCCCUGCCUCCCUCGCUGCUGCUACCGACAGGCUACCUCUCUGUUGAGACUCUGGGGGAAGACUCUCACCUGCUGGAAAAACUGGGGAUCACGCUGAACGGGGGUAUGGUGAAACCUGCACCUGCUGCGCUGACUGCUGCUGGUGCUGCUGGUUCUGUUGAUGCCGCUGGGGUUGUCACUGGGAAUGACACGGGGAACCAGAAGAACGAGAUGCUGAACAAGAUCCGGCUUCUGGCGAGAAAGGUUGGGCAGCUGCGUGUGAGGGAGGAGACGCGUGAAGAGAAAAGUCUGCGGAUGGAAGAGCAGAAAGUAUCAAUGGCGGAAGGAGAGAGAGGAACGGUCAAUGGAAAGGCGCAGGUUGAGGUGGAAAAGCGAAUGAUAGAACAUGAGGAUCAAGAGGGAGGAGGAUCUGACGUCGAUCCUCAGAACGGCUUCAAGAUCAUCAAGGAGGAGCUCAAGUUCUCUCGCUUCCUCAAAGUCUACAGCCGUGUCGUGGAGCACCCGCCUCUGCCUCUCGCGCAGCAAGAGCCACAGCAUGCCUCUGAAACCGGUCUCGUCACCCCCUCAUUCGACCAGAUACGAGCAGCCACUCCAGCAACUUCAGCUCCAGCAGGUAGCGGAUCUGCUCAUGGGGCGUCUGGUGCGAGGGGCCCGAUCAUGGCCGCCUGUGCAGCAGGACCCAGCCUUCAGAGCACCUCUUUUCAGCUGCAGCAGGGUCAGCAGAGUCAGCAGGGGCAUCAGGGGAAGCAGGAGGAGGGAGCGAGGCGGGCGCGUGGGCGGAAGGUGGUGGAGUACGACAUCGUGUCGUCCGCCAGCAGUCACUUCAUCUGCGUGCUGCCCUUCCACUCCGCCACCCAGUCCGUCACUCUCCUCAAGGAGUACGCCCAGGGCGCCAACAGCCUGCUGUACACGGUGCCGUGUGGCGGCCUCAGCAGCUCGCAUGCAUCACUGGAGGAUUGCGUCCGAAGCGAACUGUCUGAGGAGGCACGUCUGCGUGGCGGGCGGCUCGUGCGCCUUAUCCCAGAGGACCACCCAGGCCUUCUCGAGGUGAAGUGGUGCAAGAACCGCUUCACACCGUUCCUGGUCAUCGACCCGCUGCCCGACCCCACUCCGCUGCCACGCGACCCGGAGGAGUUCAUCCAGGUGCUGCACCUGCCCGCCCGCGACCUUGACAGGCUGGCGCUGGGCGGCGACAUGCUGCUGCCGUCUGUAGUCACGUGCACCAUGGCCCUGCAGUACUUGCGGGAGCACCACUUGCUGUGA